AUGUCCUUCCCUCUCCUCAAUCGCCUCCCGUCCGUCAAUCCUCUUGCCUCACGCAUGUCAAUGACGCGAUCGAACACCCAGCAGCAGUCGAGAGGUCAUGCGGGACACUCGCACCACGGCCAUGCACACGCACACGACACCACCUACCUGACCUCGCAGAACAAGAACGAUGCUGGCGUCAAGAUCACAAGGAUUGGGCUGUUCGUCAACCUGGGCAUGGCCAUUGGGAAGGGUGUAGGGGGCGUUGUCUUCCACUCUCAAGCUCUGAUUGCCGACGGCUUCCACGCUCUCACCGACCUGGUCUCCGACUUCAUGACCCUCGCCACCAUCUCUUGGUCCCUCAAACCCGCCACGAAUCGAUUUCCUAGUGGUUAUGGUAAGAUUGAGAGCUUAGGUGCUUUGGGAGUGAGCGGACUGUUACUGUUCGGAGGUGUGGGUAUUGGAUUGAAUGGGCUGGAUGCCCUUUACACACAGUUAAUGCUCGAUCCUGCGGUUGUGGCCCACGCUCAUGACCACGCUGAACAUGCUGGUGGUGGCUUGUUCUCCUUUCUAGGACAUAGCCAUAGCCAUGGUCCCAUAUUACCUGAUCUCAACGCCGCUUGGCUUGCGGCAGGCUCUAUCGUGGUGAAGGAAUGGUUAUACCGAGCUACUAUGAAGAUUGCCCGAGAACGCAAAUCCUCCGUUUUAGCCUCCAAUGCGGUCCAUCACCGUAUAGAUUCGUUGACCAGCAUUGUGGCCCUGGCUACGAUUGGGGGUGCACAUGUCUUUUCGGACGCCUCGUGGCUAGACCCUGUGGGCGGGCUGAUCAUUUCAGCCAUGGUAAUAAGAGCAGGCUGGAACAACACAAAAACCGCUCUCCUCGAGCUCGCAGAUGUCACUGUGGACGAUGAGAUCAAGGGCCUAGUCCGCAGAGCCGCAUCCAGAGCUCUCAAAGGCGAUGCUGCAAAUGGCAUUGAGCCUGUCAAGUUCGGGAAUGAGACCGAGAUCAGAGAUAUACAAGGCGUCAAAUCUGGUCAGAAUUAUCUGAUAGACAUUGAACUCGGGGUACCCAAGGACCUCACCCUGGAGCAGAUGGAGCAGAUCGAAGACGCUGUCCGAGAAAGAUGUGGCUCCAAGAUACGCGGAGUGAGACGAGUUCGCGUCAAAUUCGUCCAGUUGGACGAUGCGAGUGCCACGCUCGCAGGUGAUUUCAUUGUCACGGACACAAAACAUCACCUAUUGAGCAUCCGAGUCAACUGUCUGGUCGGGAUCCAUACCAUGACCUCUCCCGGCCCUCUAUAUCUCGGCUUCGAUCUAUCCACCCAGCAAUUAAAAGGCUUGGUAGUCGACUCCAGUUUGAAAAAGGUCCAUGAGGCCAAGUUCGACUUUGACGCCGAUUCUCAAGGUUUCAAUGUAAAUAAGGGUGUUCUUGUGAACGAAGCCGAGCAUGAAGUCUUUGCACCAGUCGCAAUGUGGCUGCAGGCCAUUGACACACUCUUGGCUCGUCUGAAGGAUGGUGGCCUCGACUUCAGUCGUAUCAGGGGGAUUAGCGGUUCAGGCAUGCAGCAUGGGAGUGUUUUCUGGAAUGCCGAUGCGGAACAACUGCUGUCCCAGCUCGAUCCUUCAAGAACACUGGAGGCCCAGCUUGACGGAGCGUUUGCCCAUCCGUUCAGUCCCAACUGGCAGGAUGCAAGCACGCAGAAGGAAUGUGACGAGUUUGACGCCGUUCUAGGCAACGAGUCGCAACUAGCAAAUGUAACGGGCAGCAAAGCGCACCAUCGCUUCACCGGGCCGCAAAUUCUACGAUUUCAACGUAAAUACCCAGAUAAAUAUAUCAAGACCUACCGGAUCACCCUGGUGUCAUCUUGGAUCGCUACCAUCUUCCUCGGAAAAUAUGCACCCUUUGACAUCUCAGAUGUCUGCGGCAUGAACCUAUGGGAUAUCAAAGCCGGUAAUUGGAAUGAGAAACUGUUGGAACUUGCUGCGGGACCCUCUGGCGUGGAGGCGUUGAAGAAGAAACUGGGCGAUGUGCCUCAAGACGGCGGCAUCCACUUGGGCACCGUCUCUCCCUACUUUGUUAAGCGACAUGGCUUUUCAGAUGAGUGCACCAUUAUCGCCUCGACCGGUGACAACCCUUCCACAAUCCUUGCCUUGCCGCUGCGCAGCAACGAUGCCAUGGUCAGUUUAGGGACAAGUACCACCUUUUUGAUGUCCACUACCGAGUAUAAACCAGAUCCGAGCACGCAUUUCUUCAACCAUCCGACUACGCCUGGGUUGUAUAUGUUUAUGUUGUGCUAUAAAAAUGGCGGUCUGGCGAGAGAGAAGGUUCGCGACGCGAUCAAUGAGAAGCUUGGAGUUGGCGAGAAGAACUCGUGGACAGAGUUCGACAAACGGCUGCUUGAUACGCCACCCCUCGCUCAAUCGGAUGAGAAAUACCCCAUGCAUUUAGGUCUAUAUUUCCCCCGCCCUGAAAUCAUUCCUAACCUUCCGGUUGGAGAGUGGCAUUUUUCAUACAAGCCCCAGACCGAUGAGCUCAGCCCUGAGAAAUCUGUACCGCAGCCCCCAGAACAAGACGCCAGGGUCAUUGUGGAAAGUCAGUUCCUCUCUCUCCGGCUCCGCUCUAGGGAACUCGUCUCGAGCCCGGCAAAGGAUCUGCCGCCGCAGCCACGCAGGAUCUAUCUGGUAGGUGGCGGGUCACGCAACAAGGCCAUCGCCCGCGUUGCGGGUGAGGUGCUCGGCGGCUCCGAAGGUGUCUUCAAGCUCGACGUCGGCGAGAACGCGUGUGCCUUGGGCGCUGCAUACAAGGCAGUCUGGGCGGUGGAGCGAAACCAGGGCGAGACGUUUGAGGAGUUGAUCGGCAAGAGGUGGCGCGAGGACGAGUUUGUCGAGAAGAUUGCGGAUGGUUACAACGCCCCGGUGUGGGAGAAGUAUAGCAGCGCACUGAAAGGUUUUGAAGAAAUGGAGACGAGGCUGCUGAGGGAGCAUGAGAGGAAAGGGGAGUGA